AGAUGUUGCUGGGCCUCCUCCAGAGAAGUCAGAAUGAAUUAUGUAUUAAUCGCAUAACACAUAUCUGACAACGCAUGACCCCUAACUCGGGACCUCAAGGCUCAGCGCUCAUCUGAAUAUGAGUUGCGUUACGCUGAAUCGCCACGCUCAUGUCUAUCUCAAAAGGUGUCGCAUUGAUAACUGGGUCUGCUCAAGGAAUCGGUCGCAGCAUCGCUCUUCGGCUUGCACGGGAUGGCUUUAACGUUGCUCUCAAUGAUUUACCCAGCAAGGAUGCCAAGCUGGAGCUGGUAGCGACUGAAAUCGAGAGCCUUGGGAGACAAGUCUGCAUCGUUCCUGCCGACGUGUCCGUCAACAAACAAGUCAAAGAGAUGGUCGAUGAUGCUGUUACAAAACUUGGUGGACUGGACGUCAUGGUUGCUAAUGCUGGAGUAGUAACGCUUGCCUCGCUUGUAUCAUCGACUGUAGAGUCAUGGGAUCAUACAUUCUCAGUAAACGCCCGUGGACCUUAUCUGUGUUAUAAGUAUGCUGCCAUGCGGAUGAUUGAACAGGGGCGUGGCGGUCGAAUCAUUGGUGCGAGCUCGAUCGCGGGCAAAAUAGGCUUUCCCUACAACUCCUCAUAUACAGCGAGCAAAUUUGCAAUUCGAGGGCUAACUCAAGCUGCAGCUAUUGAGCUCGGUCAAUAUGGCAUUACUGUAAAUUCAUAUGCUCCAGGCGCGAUAGAGACUCCUAUGAGUAAGGUCGAACCAAUUUCCGAUUUCCUAGUUAACUCCUAGUUAGCCAAGAUCAUGAUGGACGAGUCUGGGAACGCAGAUUAUACACGACUUGUCGACGAUCCUUGCUCGAGGAAGUGGAUGAUGUCGUUACUUGAGAAUGUUCCUAUCAAGCACAUUGGACAGCCCGAAGAUAUAGCUAGCAU